AUGUACUCGUUUCUCUUCUCAAUCCUUAAUAGCGGCCAUGCAAGGAAGUUUUCGGGUGUUUCUCCCUAUCCAUUAAAUUGUCCACUCGGAUGCAAUUUGUACAUAUUAUCUUCAAGUGCUUUGGGUUAUAAUGGACCUCUUGGUGCCUUGGGACCUCUAGGUCCUUUAGGCCCUGUUGGUUGGAUGACGAACAGCUCAUUCGUAUGGUUAGACGGUUCGUUCAGUGAUUUCCUUGCCUCCAUUAUUGGAACUGUUCAUAACGGCCUUCUUACCAAACCAAACAAUCCGUUAUCUGAAGCCGGUCCUCUGGGGGAUUCGUUCUGGGAUGUGAUGCCAUACAUCAAUGAUUUUACAAAACACAUGCAAGGUUUGGGUCUCUUUUCAGUGUUGGGACCAAUUGGUCCACUUGGUGCUUUGGGACCCCUUGGGCCAUUAGGACCCAGAGGACCUCAUCUCUUACAUGUCAAUGGCAAUGGAGAGUAUGUGGAUCCCUCGACAGGUCAAGUUGUGACCACCUUAACAGCUUACUACAACAGUUCCAUGCAAGUAGUGUGGCCACUAUUUGAAAAAUAUAAUACAAAGGAAUUUGUGGAUAAAUUGAGCAGAAAGGGAUUAUUGGACACCUCAUUCAUGGUGAGCUCUUCAGCGAACUCUGCCGGUGACACCUAUGUCAUGACAAUCAAAGAGCCUCAAUUUGUGACCAUCACAAUCACCCCUACACUUUGGGCUAAAAACUUCUUUGUAGAUGUGUACAUUGAAGACAGGCUUAUCCAUACAUCCGAUCAAAUGUUGUUCACUCCAUGGAUCCAAGUAUACAUUUCCAAAAGUGAUAUGACUGGUCCUGCAAUUAAGCUUAAGGUGAUUGUGAGAGUGGACCCUUUUGAUUGUGGAGUGUUUGCUGUCAUGUUUGACUGCACAAUGGACUACACAAUUUCCGUAGUUGGAAGCACUGCUUUCAUGUUGAGAAGACCCCAUAUUUCUUACGCUGGUCCUUAUUUGAAUGCAUGCAAUUAA